AUGGGAUUUGUAAAGGAACACGAGGUCUACGUGACUGUUUCGGCGCUGGAUGCUGGUCAGUUGACUUUACCGGAGCGACUCUUCAUUACGGACGCGGACCCCGAAAAGCGCGCGACGGUUCCUUCAUUGUCAUUCCUGAUACAACAUCCUGAGCCGAAUGGGAAAACCACCAAAAUGGUCUUCGAUCUGGGUCUCAAGCGCGACUUGACGAAGUAUCCUCCCGCGCAGCAGGCCCAUAUUGCCAAUCGACAGCCCACGAUUCUUCGUCCAGAUUGCGCAGACAGUCUCAGGGCGGGCGGGCUGGAUCCUGCUCAUGACAUCGACAUUGUGAUGUUGAGUCAUGUGCAUUGGGACCAUGAAGGGACACCAGAUGACUUUCCAAACUCAAAGUUCAUCGUCGGAUCUGGAACCUUGCAUCUGCUCGAACAUGGAGCGCCUCCACACUACCCGAAAGAAAUCUUCAACCCUGAUCUACUACCGCGGGAUCGAACCCUGGAGUUACCCCCGGUAUCAGCGGGAAGCACGACUGCGGCCAAGAAGCAAACCGACCAUGAAUGGAAACCAUUUGCGGGCUUUCCAGCAACGGCCGACUUAUUUGGCGACGGGAGUGUCUGUGUGGUCGACAGUCCAGGGCAUCUGUUCGGCCAUGUGAACCUACUCGCCCGCGUGGGCCCUCAGAAAUGGGUUUAUUUAGGCGGUGAUUGCUGCCAUGACCCACGUAUCCUGACGGGAGAAAAGGACAUUGCAUUGUAUGACGAUGGGCACGGCGGGCUUCGGUCAGUCCAUGUCGACACGGAGCAGGCGAAGGAGACUCUGAAGAGGAUAGGACCGCUUCUCAGGAAACCCAGUCCUGUCUUCGAUGGGCAGGCGGACGUUGAGGUUAUCGUGGCGCACGACAAAAAUUGGCGGGAGAAGAAUCCGCACCGCUUCUUCCCUGGAAAAUUGUAG